AUGCGUGUCUUUCUUAUCCAGACCGCAAAGGGCCUCUUUUCCUCCUCGGGCGGUUACAAAGCCAACAACGCCCUGCUGCGCUACCUCUCAUCCAGGGGUCAUCGUGUCCGCCAACUCUGCUACUCCUACCGUGGAGAGAUAGAGCAUUACAUGCAGAAUAUGAAUAGUAGCGGCGAGCAUGAUCCGAGAGUAUGCACUACAGUGCUGCAUAUGAGAUUAGAAGAUGGUAAGCCCGGGAUUGAUGUGAAAGUGCAAGAGCUGUGCAUGGAUGAUGGUGUUGAGGCUCUGGCGCUGGACAGCGAAGCGUUUGAUGCUGUGUUUGGUGGCAAGGCAGAUUCACCCAACCAACUGGCUAGAAUGUCAGCUGAGUAUAUCGAGAAGGGAACGUCAUCGGCGCCGCUCAUGGACUUCAUCUCAUUCCUGCAAGGGGAAAUCAGACGGUUUUCUCCAACACACAUUAUAUCCAACGACGGUCUAUCCAUGAAAGCCAGUCUCGCCUCUGAGCUGGCCCAUCUAACCAUGUCUCGCAUAGCAGUUGUCCACACGGCCGAGCAACUUCCCUUUGGCCCCUUUGCUGGUGGCGUACCUGGUCAUUCAAGUACAACGCGCGAAGCAGAUCUUUUUCAACAGCUUGAUGGUAUUUGGAGCGUGUCUGAUACUAUUCGGAACUACGCCCUUGAGCACGGCCAGUUGCAGACACGGUUCUUGGUGCAUCAUCCCUGGACGUACCUGGUGGGGAAAGACCACGAGAUGCCAACUCGGCUUUUUAACUGGGACAAGAAGUUCGUUGCCAUGAUAAACCCUUGUCCGAUCAAGGGCUCGUGCAUCUUUGUGAACCUCGCCAGAGCGUGCCCGCAGUUGGAGUUUCUGACCUACAUGAGUUGGGGCGCCGACGACGUAACUGUGAAGCAGAUGGAAGACUUGCCCAACAUGACAGUCCGUCCGUGCUGUGCAAUAGAAAAAGAUCUCUGGCGCGAUAUCAAGGUGCUUGUCGUUCCAUCCCUCUGGUGCGAGGCCUGGGGCAUGGUGGUGGUUGAAGCUCACCUCCGGGGCAUCCCAGUCGUGUCUUCAAAUUCAGAUGCGCUCUCUGAGUCAAUGAUUGGGCUGGACUAUAUCAUCCCGGUAAAUCCUAUCAGCGGCGAACGCGAUGAAUCGGGGCGGUAUACCGUACCCAAGCAGGACGUGGGGCCAUGGGUUAAGACUAUCACCAAGCUCAUGCAGGAUCGGUCUGAGUAUGAGAGGGUCUCAGCCACUGUGCUGAAUACAACAAAUAAAUGGUUGAAAGGUAAUAAUGAGGCGGAUAUCGAGACAUGGUUGAUGGGCAUGAGGACGGGAUCGAAUAUCCAAGGAUGGAAUACAGAUUGA